CCAUCUCAUCUUAACAAUGAAUACAUGUUUUGUAGUAAAUACUAAUGGUAGGCUUGGCUAUUUGCUGUGACACUAGUGAUGAGGAGAAAUUUAGAAACAUCUCUUCCUCUUUAGCGUUAAGGUUUGGGGAGGAGCAUUUAGAAGUUCCUGUAACUAGUCAUCACCAUUUUCUUAUCUGGCUGAGACCCUCCCCCAGUCAGUCAGUGAGUCACACUCAACAAUUGUAGUUUACUACUCCACUUAUGUCUCUGAGGCUCACUGCAUGCUGUUAAGUGUGUGAAAGCGUCAUCAUAUAAGAACAAGGGAAGUCCUGAUGGAUCUUCAUCUGACAGGAUUUUGGCUGCUGCUCAUCACACAUACUGUGUUGGUGUUCUGUGAUAUGGAAUUCAUGGAGAGACCGCAGGGUGACUCUGUAGAGUUCCACUGUAUCUCUGAGUUCAAUGCCGCCAAGCCCAUUGGGCUCUACCUGAAACGCAAGUGGCUGCAGCCCAACCGAGAGGUCCUGUUCAUGUAUACUGCACAAAAGCCUGCUCUUUACCCUGAUGUCAAACAGCGCAUCCAUGUCACCGGAGACCCAAGUACUCACCGGGUCAAUGUGACCCUCAGCCAGCUGAAGGGAACAGACAUGGACCUCUACUACUGUGAGUUUGUAUUCCCCGACACCAGCUUCGAUCAAACGAUUCCAAGCAAGAUGGAGUUCUUCCUGUACGUCAACGAUGCUGAUGCCCCAGACAACAAGAUGGAUGUAGGCCUGAUAGAGACGUGCGCCGGGGGGUCAGCUGUCCUCCCCUGCCUCGCCCCCUACGGUUCCCCCUCGGCCAUGGAGGGGGUAUGCCUGAAGAGGCGGUGGAACCGGGAUCCAGUAGAGGUGCUGUUCCACUCCAAGCUCCCCUCCUCUGCCUCGUUCCCCCCAGAAGAGAGGCUUCACCUGGUCACGGGGCUGGGUGGCCUGGCCUACAACCUCACCCUGCUAGAGAUGCAGCCGGAAGAGAGUGCUUUUUACAGCUGUGAGCUGCUGCUCCCCGGCAGGCCCGACAACAGCGCCAGGCUAGGGAGACACGUGUACUUUGUGUCUGUGCAAGGUGUUACGUGUAGCUGUACCGGUUAUGUUCCACUGCUCUAUGUCCUUUCUGCUGCUGUGGGGCUGCUGCUCAUCUUCCUCAUCGCCCUGGGAGUGGCUCAUUAUCGUAAGACCCAAGGCGACCGUGUCAAACCGCAGCCCCACCAGGCUUCCAUCUACGAGGAGAUGGUCGGGGUGCGGCCCCCCAACGGGAAUGGAAAAGUGCCCCCUCUUACCACAUGAGGCCCCCAUUGCAUCUGGAGUAAAUGGAUGCUUCCGCCUAUGACAACCCCCCUCUGAGGUCUCGACAGGAAAACCACUAUGAGAGGCCCGAAGGGGCACCACUAGUAUCUGAAACUGCUGGGGAGAUGUGAGGAACGAGGUCGGCCCAAUCUCACCAACACUGUGUUUGACUAUUCAUUUAUAAACUGGAGUCUGGACUAUAACUUACUUACACGACCUUACAUUUGGACAACAAACAUCCACCUUAACCCACCUAACUUAGUGUGGUGUACUGUAAAUGCUGUUGUGGAGUUUUAAACAAGGAUGUUUCGUAUUUGAUGUGAAUGUUGUAGACAAGGCGUGCUCAAUGUAGCCCUGCUUUGCUUUUUUAAAGGUAUUUUAUAAGCAAGAAAGUGUAAUACUUAUCUUUAGUGUUGUGUAGUAUUUUGACAUGUUACAUUUAUCCAUGCUCACUGUCCAGUCCACAGGGAACUGUCAUUAUUGCCAAUCAUGGAGGUUGGAUCAAUAUUCCUAUUGGAUCAGUGCUGGAAACAGACAAGAAUCGUGGCCAUCCCAAUACCAGGACUUACAAAAUGCCAAUUUAUACCUGGUGCCAGUGGCGGCUCCUGAAAAAAUUCUCAGGGGGGGCAAUUUUUCUGAUGAUUUAGGUGAC